GUUAGGUAAACCGGUUACUGAAGAUGGCGCUAAAUAUCUUGUGACCCUUUAAACUUUUAAAGAAUUUCAACAUUAAUACAAACAAUUUUAACCGGUAGCAAUUGUUAAUUUGUAAUACAUAUUUAAGAAACAUAAACACUUUCGUUAUCAUCACGAAAUUCUCGUGCGUAUCAGAAUGAAAAUAAAUGCGUAGCAAGAAACUAACCUCAGCUGUAGACCGUGAGCUUCAUGGAACCGCAUUUUAAGGGCUCGUGUGAAUUAAGAGAUAUUGUAUGAUACAUUAGUCUCAAUAUAUAUCAUUAAUACGAAUGGUAUAAUAGGGCAAAAUUCGACAUAUUCUUUAUAACCAUGUCGUGGUUUCUAAAUACAAUGCGAACAGCUAUCAAUGUAUGGACUCCUCAAAUAAUGCCAGUGCGCUUCCGCUUUCAUGCGGACAAAGUAGCUCGAGGUCAGCUUAAACGUCGUUACGGUUACCAAGACCCUAUCGAUAUGAGAGGACUUUUACCUCGUGAAAGCGAUCAAAGAAUUAUACAGUUACCUUUGUACAGGCCGAAGGAUGUUUGGAAUCAGAAGAGAGCAUUGUUUGGUCAAAACGAUUAUAUAGAUAUUUUAGGAUCGGGUGAUCUUCACCCAACCAAAAUUUUAUAUAAUGUACCGUAUUGGUUGAGAGGUGUACAAGGAAACGAAUACCGAGUAUUAUUAAGAAAACAAAAAAUGUGGAAGAGAGGAAUAUUCCCUAUCAUCAGACCAACAAAGUGGAGAGACAUAAAGAAGCGAAUAUAUUACCUAUAUCAAUUCUUAAAUAGAAAAACUAAAACUAAUCGUAGUAGAGAAUAAGGUGUGUUUGAAUAGCUAGUAACAUAUGAAAUAUUAUUGUGAAACAAAGUAACUUCAAUGUAUUGAUUUGAUGCAGUUCAUAUUGCAGGGAAUUAUAAAAAUAAUAAACAUUAACAAAAUACAAAAUAAUGAAUUACUUUAUUGACUAGUAGUCAAUAAUUGGGUAUGAAACGGUGAAACAUUAUGGAUAAUUUUUCAUUCAAAUACUUAUCAUCAAUGUUUAUUGUAAAAAUGUGAAUGAUUGCUCGCGCGUAUGUACACAAGUAGUCAAACAUAAAAUGGUGACAGCCAAGAAACAGAUAUAUUUCUAGUGAAGAUUAUGUAUAUCUUGUAAGUACAAUUAGAGGACAAUUCUAAAAAAAGAUUAUGCAGUUCUAAUGACACAUAUGUAUAUAUGUACAAAGGAGUUGCGAGUAUUGUCCGUUUUCAUAAAAAAGUAACAUUAAAUCUUAUCGUUGUAAAGCUCUACAAGUAGCUCAUUGAAACGGCUGCAAAAAUUGUGUUUGCUAAGUUACGCGAUGGCUGUAGAUUACGGUCAAAUGCAAGCUAAUAAUUUCUUCCAGUGCUAUAAACGGAUGUAAUCUCUUCAUGUACGUUCCGGGAUAUCUGUUAUAUAUUCUUCAUUCUUUAAAAUCAUAAUACCACCCGAGAUAAAUAUUGAGUGUUUUUAGGCAAUGUAAUCGCGAACUCUUAGUCACGACGAACAUUUUUCAAUUCAUUUAAUAUAUGUACAUAAAGUAAUGGCAGUCACGCUUGACGUGAUAAAAUUCUGUUUUAACCAAUGUUUAUCACUUUAUACUUGAUCGGAAGCAACGAAUUCACAAAUGAUUUUGUAAGAAAAAUAAUAGUGUGGUCUCGUAGUGUUUACUAGAAUCUAAACUUCUAAGGCUAUGUCUUUCGUUGGGGUAGACUUGCAAUUGAUAUGGUUUCCCAGACUUCACGAGUGCAUCGAUCAAUUGACUUGUAUGAAAAAAGUGCACAUUCUCGUCGAUGAGUCCAUGAAUGAUCAAUAAUCGAUUCUCCUCGUCGGGGAAUUUAUCCACGUAAGUUAGGAUUGAACUAGUCAUGUAACCAUGAGGAUUAUUUUGUGGCAAAUCCAUGUAACGUUCAGUAUAUCCGGUAUCAUAAAAGUUCCAAGAUGUAACCGGAGCACCAGCGAUA